AUGCCGCACAUGAGGCUCAUGGAGACGAGGCGGUGGGUGUUGACCAGGCCGGGGAUGACCGCGCCCUCGGUGGCGUCGAUCAUCACGUGGAUCAUCCCCAAUGCCUCCAGCACUAUCUUCCCGUUUGAGAUUAUGGCCGGAACGGUUGGGCUCUGCCGGCGCAUCACCCCCACUCCCUCCUCGUAUUUGUCUGGUUUGGAUGCGCGGAUCCGACCAAGAUCGCAUUGA